AUGAGCAAGUUCGGCGUCAUGGUCAUGGGCCCCGCCGGGGCGGGCAAGUCCACCUUUUGCGCUUCGCUCAUCACUCACCUAAACCUGAAUCGUCGUUCAUGCUUCUACGUCAACCUCGAUCCGGCCGCCGAGUCCUUCGAACACCAACCCGAUCUGGACAUCAAAGAUCUCAUCUCGCUCGAGGAUGUAAUGGAAGAAAUGGGCCUGGGGCCCAAUGGUGGAUUAAUCUACUGCUUCGAGUUUCUCAUGGAGAACCUGGACUUCCUGACCGAGGGUCUUGAUUCCCUGACGGAGGAGUAUCUCAUCAUAUUUGAUAUGCCGGGCCAGAUUGAGCUGUACACGCACGUACCGAUUCUCCCCGCCCUCGCGCGCUUCCUCACCAAGACGGGUAACCUGGACAUACGACUCUGCGCCGCCUACCUGCUCGAGGCAACCUUUGUCGUCGACCGGGCCAAGUUCUUCUCGGGCACGCUGAGUGCCAUGUCCGCCAUGAUCAUGCUCGAGGUGCCACACAUAAAUAUUCUCUCCAAGAUGGAUCUGGUAAAAGAUCAAGUGCGCAAGAAGGACCUGAAGAGGUUCGUCACUCCGGAUCCUCUCCUAUUGGACGAUGACCCGGCAGAGGUGGCCCGGCGCAAGGCCGAGGGGGGCACGGUCGACGAUGACGCCAUGGCGGAUCCGCAAGAUAGGGAUGCCGUCAUGAAGGGAGCCAGCUUUCGAAGGCUGAACCGCGCCGUGGCCGGCCUGAUUGAGAACUUUAGCAUGGUCAGCUACCUCAAGUUGAACGUGCAAGAUGAGGACAGCGUCGGUGCCAUCCUCAGUUACAUUGACGAUUGUAUCCAGUUCCAUGAGGCCCAGGAACCCAAGGAACUCAAGGACGAGCAGUAUGAAGACCAGGAGUUGGACUUCUAA